GAGUGUUUCUCCACUCCUGUGAACCGGACGACCCAGGACGGGGCACACACCGCAACAGUUUGUUUGAACCAGCAUCGUUACAGAGACGCGCAAGAUGCAAGACAGGGAAGCAUCGGAGCCGCGAAAGGGUAGCGCCAAGAGAGUCCUUUUCUUAACAAACUGCCUCUUGCUCUGUCUAGGCACCAGCGGUGGCCCUCUCAUAAGUCGCCUCUACUUCCUCCACGGCGGCAAACGCGUCUGGCUCUCCAGCUGGCUCGAAACCGGUGGAUUCCCUGUCUGCCUCCUUCCCCUAUUCAUCUCUUUCAUUCGCAGCCGCCUCUCCCGACAAGCUAAGCCCUUCGUCUUCAUCGACGCGCGCCUGUUCCUUUCAGCCUUCGUCAUCGGUGUUCUCACCGGCCUCGACGAUUACCUCUAUGCUUACGGCUUAGCUCGCCUCCCCGUCUCCACGUCCGCUCUGAUCAUCGCCACCCAGCUGGCUUUCACCGCCGCCUUCGCCUUCCUUCUCGUCAGGCAAAAGUUCACCCCUUUCUCCAUAAACGCCGUCGUCUUGCUCACCACUGGAGCUGGUGUGCUGGCUCUUCAUUCAUCCGGAGAUCGUCCCCGAGGCGAGUCCACCAAGCAAUACGUGCUGGGGUUCGUGUUAACGCUGACGGCGGCGGCCUUGUACGGUUUUUUGUUGCCUUUGAUAGAGCUCAUGUACGGCAAGAGCAAGCGGAGAGUGACCUACGUGCUGGUCAUCCAGAUUCAGUUGGUGAUGAGCUUCGGUGCCACCCUGUUCUGUACAGUCGGGAUGAUCGUCAACAAUGACUUCAAGGUGAUGGGAAGAGAGGCGAGAGAAUUCGGGCUGGGGGAGACAAAAUAUUACGUAGUGUUGGCGUGCAGCGCGAUCAUGUGGCAAUGUUUCUUUCUGGGAGCUAUAGGAGUUAUCUUUUGUGCCUCUUCACUGUUUUCAGGUAUUAUAAUUGCCGUGAUGCUGCCGGUGACGGAAGUGUUGGCCGUAAUUUUCUACCGAGAGAAUUUCACAGCAGAGAAAGGAGUUAGCCUGGGUCUCUCAAUUUGGGGGUUUGUGUCCUACUUCUACGGAGAGUAUAAACAAAUUCAGAAAAAGAAGCAAAAUAAUCCCACCCCUGAUACGGAUUUGCCUCCCACUCUUCCUAAUCCAUGAAUCCGAUACUCGUAUAUUAAUACGUGCGUCUUGUAAUUUUUGUGUGUGGCAUGCAUCGGAUUAUAUAUUGCUAGUAUUGAUUUUCGUUAUAUUCCGCAUAGAAUGCAUCUGUAUGCUUGCCUGAUGAUUUCGGAGUGUUUUACUCUACAUGCUUCCCACCAGCAUCAUUGCUGGGAGUAAAAGCACGCACGUUUGAACAUUCCUUUUAAGUUAGGCUUUCAAUAACAAUAUUUUAAUUUUAUACUCUA